UUGACAUUUGACAUUUGCUGUCAAGGAAAAUUUCCUCAUUCUCUCCUCCAUUUUCCUUCAAUUUUGGUGGCUAAAUUCUUCGAUCAUUUUCAAGUUAUCAAAAACCGCUCUCCUUUCUUCAAUGGCUUUGUCGGUAAAUGUCUCCGACGAGCCACUUACCCCCUCCGGCCGGCUAUUUCUCCAGCCGGAAAUGAGAACCAUAAUCCACUGUGCACUUGGCGUCAAACAUCACAUGGACAUAGACGCCAUAAAAUCCACAAUAAAGAACUCUUUCAUGGUGAAGCACCCAAGAUUCUGCAGUCUCCUUGUGCGCGACAAGAAUGGAUUCGAGCACUGGAGAAGAACAGAGAUUGACAUUGACCGACACAUCAUACUUGUUGACGAAACCGCCGCAACCAACGGCGGCGACGAUGUUGACAAAAUAGUGAACGACUAUAUAGCAGAUUUAUCAUCAAGUAGUCCACUUGGCUGCGACAAGCCUUUGUGGGAAAUACAUAUGAUGAUGAAGCAGAAGUGUGCUAUAUUCAGGAUUCAUCACUCUCUCGGAGAUGGGAUCUCGCUGAUGUCGAUGUUGCUGGCCAUCUGCAGGAAGGCCGAGGAUCCAGCAGCGGUGCCCACCUUGGCCACUGGUGGCCGGAGGGAUUGGAGUGGAGGGAAAGGGAAGGAUUGGAGAGGGGCUCUGAUGGGCGUUUUGAAGAUGGUUUUGUUUAAUUUGGUUUUCUGUUUGAACUUUGUGUUGAGGUGUUUGUGUGUUCGUGACCGGAAGACGGUGAUCUCUGGCGGUGAUGGGGUGGAGCUAUGGCCGAGAAAGGUUGCUACUGCUAGGUUUUGGAUCGAAGACAUGAAAGUGGUUAAACAGGCUGUUGCUAAUGCGACCAUUAAUGAUGUUCUAUUCGGGGUGAUAUCUGCUGGUCUAUCUAGAUACUUGGAUCAUCGUUCACCGAAUUCUCUAAAAGAGGGCCACCAGCUAACAGGAGUAGCAAUGGUUAAUUUAAGAGAGCAACCAGGAUUGCAGGAUCUAACAAAGAUGAUGGACAGCAAUUCGACAUGUAAUUGGGGCAACAAGUUUGGGAUUCUCCUAUUGCCUAGUUAUUAUUAUCAAAGAGUUGAACCUCUUGAGCAUGUGAAGAGAGCUAAGGUAAUGAUAGAUAGGAAGAAGCAGACAUUGGAGGCUCAAUUCUCAUACAGAGUUGGGGAUUUAGUAAUGUCAUGGUUGGGACCAAAGAUUGCUAGCUUGCUUAACUACAGAAUUCUUUGUAAUACCACCUUUACAAUAUCGAACGUGGUUGGACCGAAGGAGGAGAUUACUUUAGCAGGCAAUCCUAUAACAUUCAUAAGGGCUAACACAUCUAGCUUACCACAAGCAGUGGCAAUGCACAUGGUGAGCUAUGCAGGGAGAGCUGAAAUGCAAAUUGUGGUAGCCAAAGACAUUAUUCCUGACCCUGAAUUUCUUGCUAAGUGCUUCCAAGAUUCCCUGCUGGAAAUGAAGGAAGCAGCUAUAGCCAGCAUGUGAACCCUGUAACAAUUCAAAAUUUUUAAAUUAUAAAUAAAAUAAAAAGAAAAUAUUAUGUUAUU